CGGCGGUAAGGACCGACCACUCCACCAGUCUCUAAGCCCUUCCCCUGGGUCAACCCCCUUCCCUACCACCCACUGUUUUCAGGGGUGGAGCUGAUAACAAAACGGCCUGAGACUACCUUUGGCAAAUAGUUUUUUUUUUGUUUUUUUGUAAGCUGACCUUGAAACCCCAUCUGAUGGAGGUAAAGCGAUGUCGACCCACUCCCUCACCUCUAAAACACCAUUUCGACCCUCGCCUCCCCCUACCCGCUCACCUAUUAAACACCAACUCCACCCUCGCCUCUCUCCCACCCGACACCCACGCCGAUGCGAUCGUCUCCACCAAUGGUUGGGAUGACCAUCCCACACCACUCUACCCUCCGUUCCCCGUUAUUGACGGUCCGUCUGUCCGCACCCGCCGGGUGUCUCCACCCCCAACCCUACCCGUCCGGCAUUGUUGUAGCUGGCGGUGGUCGCCGCCAUAUAAACCGCCGCCGCUUGUCGCCUCUGUCCUUAACGAAGUCAGGUGGGAAAAGCACGACGACGACGACCACGUUGUUGAUGUUGUUGCUCUGCAGACGACAUGGACAACGAGCAUCCACUCUAGUCUCCAUCCUCCCCAUACCUGACCAGCCAGCCAGCCAGCCAGCCAGCAGCCAGCCACUCUCUUGUCACAAGAAGCGUUCUGACGGCGGAACUGUCGCGGCACUUUUGCCGUCCGCGUGCCGCAAGCGAUUUGUGUGAGGAGAGAGGCACGCGCCAGCUCGGUGUCGGGGACAAGUCGCCACAAGUAGCUCGGCCCAAGUUCUACACCCCACCUACCCACAUAUCUACAUACACCACACCCUGCAUUCGUCACUUCCGCUUCUCCACAGCACCCGCGACACCAGGGGGAGUCCACGGCGGUGUGACGUAGUGUGACGUGGUGUGACGUAGUGUUACGUGGUGUGACGUGGGCCACGUAGCGAGAGAGAAGUCACUGGCGACCACACUGAGCGUUUGAGGGGCGGUUGUGGACUUUUGUCAAGAGUGGACAGUGCUCAAGGUGGGCGUCAGACAUGGCCGACGUCAGGGUGGGGCUGGUGCUCCUGGUGCUGAGUGUGGUGCACUUGCCCUUGUCGCAGUCACGAGCGCAUCACCUACAGAUGCACCUGAACACAAAGGACAUCUCCAUGAGACGCCCACUGCCCCUCAGCUGGCCACGUGAUGAGUUGCUGCCAUUGCUUCUGACACAGAGAAGACGAGCAGCUGAGUCGCCACACGAUUGGACGAGCCGUGCGCAGGAGGCGGGGUUACUGCUGACGGUGCUGCAGCAGCUACAGACGUCAGAGACCGACGGCUCAUCUUUGGCUGGUGACGUCAGCAGAGGCAAGCGACAGCGUGCGUGCUACUGGAACGUCGUCACGUGCUUCUGACCGGGUGCCUACGUCACUAUGAUCUGGACAACAGAUUGACCAGACAGGACACCAGUCAGACAUCACACCGGUGGGACAGCAGACUAGUCAGACAGCCGGCCAGCCAGACAGCAUUCUAGUCGCAGAAAACUGUAAUGCACGUGCGGUAGCUCAACCGUUACGAGAAAUUCACGCCGCAGUUUUGAAUCAGUGGGUGAAUAAUAA